AUGAGAGAUAGAGGUAGCAUUUAAUAGAGCUUGCUUUCCAAAUCAAUACAGAUUUAUCCAACAGGUCAACUGUAUCUUCUGAGCACUUUCAGAUACCACACGUUACUAUUUAGUUAUGAAAUGAUACAGUGAGUGCACUGCUAUAGUCUUACUCUCAGAAAAUUAUAUUGAUUUAGCCCGAAGCCAUCGAAAAGCUAAUAUAUUAUUAGUGAGGAGUAUUUUGAACCUGCUUUAGAUCUCUCGUUCGGUGCACUUUGCCAGUGUCUAGUUGUUUGGGGAUUCCAAGAGAGGGAUGCUUGUAAUGGAGUCUUUAAUUAAUGUGGUUAAAGAAAGACACAGCUAAAGAUAUAAGCUACAUUUAAUGUCUACACAGCUCUGGGUUUACAGUACAACCUGUCCGGAAGGCAGAUCUGUGUGUGUGUGUAUGGCAUGUGUGCAUGGAUCUGUGAGUCAUCAGUGUCACCACUCCCACUCUUCCCGAGUUCCCCCUACUCUCUGGCUAACAACAAUGUAUAAAAUACCCAUAAUAAAUAUUUAAAAAAUGAUGAACUCACACCUUCACCACUCUUUUCCCCUCAGCUCCCCCUGCUCUGCGGCUUUCUGUCAACGAGACCUUGGUGGUAGACCCCGGGAAGGACGUGACCCUGUCAUGCGAGGUGACCGCCGGAUUCCCUAAGCCCACCGUCACCUGGUCGCGCUACCUCAACCCGUUGCCGAGAAACUCGUUGGUAAGAGACGGGACUCUGACGCUGCGCUUAGUGACGCCCGCUGACUCAGGCUUCUACAACUGCACGGCAGUCAACAAUGUGGGGAAUCCGGCCAAGAGGAACGUCAACCUCCUCGUCCGAAGUGAGUGUGUGUGUAUGUUUGGGCAUGUCUGGAGGGUUCGAAUUUGCACUGAUAUACAGUCGGGUCUGAAAUGAUUGGCACCCUUGAUAAAGAUGAGCAAAAAAGACUAUAUAAAAAAAUACACAAAUACUGAGUUACAGUAUAUUGAAUGCUAAAAUAAUGGGGAAAUUAUAUUAUUGUAUAGUAAUACAAUUGCUUAGAGAACAAUUUUUUUUUUUUAAAGUAAUCAGUUUUUUUCUCAAAAAGAAAGGGGUCAAAAUUAUUGGCACCUCUGUUUUCAAUACCUUUCAAUACCUCACCUUGCGAGGAUAAUGGCACUGAGCCUUUUCAAAAAACAAUUUCAAUGGGGUUCAAUUCCGGAGACUUUGAUUUUGUUGUCAAUUAACCUCUUAAGGAUCGGAACCUUUUUUUCAAUUUUCGCCUAAAAUGACAUACCCAAAUCUAACUGCCUGUAGCUCAGGACCUGAAGCAAGGAUAUGCAUAUUAUUGAUACCAUUUGAAAGGAAACACUUUGAAGUUUGUGGAAAUGUGAAAUUAAUGUAGGAGAAUAUAACACAUUAGAUCUGGUAAAAGAUAAUACAAACAAAAAAACAUGCAUUUUCUAUUUAUUUUUUUGUUCCAUCAUCUUUGAAAUGCAAGAGAAAGGCCACAAUAUAAUAUUGCAGUUUAGGCACAAUUUAGAUUUUGGACACUACAUGGCAGCAGUGUGUGUGCAAAGUGUUAGAUUCAUCCAUUGAAGCAUUGCAAUACUGGACUAUUUUGUAUCAAGUCUGCCCAAAUAUGCCGAAUUGGUCAAUUGAUACAUUUUCAAGUACAUAACUAUAGAGAACAUACAAAAACAAAAAUUCAGAAAUUACAGAAUAAGACCAGUACAAUAAGACCACUACAUCACAGGGGCCAAGCUCCCUGCCAUUCAGGACCUUUAUACCAGGCGGUGUCAGAAGCCCUAAAAUACUGUCAAAGACUCCAGCCACCCAAGUCAUAGACUGUUAUCUCUGCUACCGCACGUUAAGUGGGUACAGGUGCCCCAAUUCUGGAACCAACAGGAACUUGAACAGCUUCUACCCCCAAGCCAUAAGACUGCUAAAUAGUGAGUUAAAUAGUUAACCAAAUAGCUACCCGGACUAUUUGCAUUGACCCUUUUUGCACUAACUUUUUUUACUCAUCACAUACGCUGCUGCUACUGUUUAUUAUCUGUCACUUUAUUCCUAGUUAUAGUAUACAGUAUGUACAUAUCUUUCUCAAUUACCUUGUACCCCUGCACAUCGACUCGGUAUUGGUGCGCCUUGUACAUAGACAAGUUAUUGUUACUCAUUGUGUAUUUAUUAUCAAUUUCAUUUUUACAUGUUUUACUUUUCCAUUAUUUCUCUAUUUUCUUUCUCUCAGUAUGGUUGGGAAGGGCCCAUAAGCAUUUCACUGCUAGUGUACAUGUGAUGAAGCAUGUGACGAAUAUUUUGUUGUUGUUGAUUUAUCUAAAGAUAAUAUUUGAAUGUUAAGGAUAUUGUGAUAAAAUUUUGAGACGGUCCCAAUGUUUUCCCUUUGAUAAAGUAAUUCAAUCAUCUCAUCGAUAGGAGUUACCAGCGCAGUAUUUUUUUGUAACAAUCCUUUUUAACAAUGAAUUACCUUACUUGAAGGUACCUAUACAAAUGUGUUUAGGAUAUUAUUUAAAAAUGUGGCCUUUGAACACUGGAGAGAAUCUACAAAGCCCUCUCUCUUCCCAUUCCCUAAAUCCUUGGGACAUAGUAGCAGGUAGGAAGGCUAGGUUGUGGAAUAUAGGCAAGUGUCUAAAAAUGUCAUUACUCAGUUUAUAUUUGCGUUGAACUUUCCUCUAUGUCUUCAAUGUAUGAGUGAUAAUUGGAUUUCAUUUAAUCCUGCCAACAGAAAUAAGGUCUGCUAUAAAGGGUAGACAAUGUAAAGACAUUAUAGCACAAUAUUGACUCUCAAUUUUAAGACAUGACAAAUCCUAUGGUUGGUGAAUGCUAUGUGAUUAACUUGCACCGCCCAGUAAGACAAUUUAAGGUUAGAAGUCCACACAAUUCUUUGGACAGCUGUAGUUUUUUAUAACUUAUAUGAGCCUUCUUCUUUUGCCAUAAAAAUUUGCCUAUUGCUGUAUUUAGGCGAGUAA